CCAACACGGAACGUUUGCACGUGUGACGAGAACGCUGCCGGCAUGGGAAGGGACCGGCGCAAGUCCCGCAGCCGCAGCCGGCGCAGGAGUUCGGAUGACGAGGACUUGAGUCCGGAUGCCCGAAUCGAGCUACUGGAGGUGGAAAAUGAGACAUUGAAAGCUGAGAAUCGGGAGCUCCGGAAGAAGCUCGUAGAAGCACUGAGGAGAGGCGGAGGUUCCGAUCGCCGAGAGCCGGAGGAGAAGGCGGAUCGACGACGACGGUCAGCACCGGAGCCACGGGAAGAAGAGCCGGAGGAGGAGGAGGCCGGCGGCUCUGACAGCAACGCAGUCUUGCUGGCGAAUGCCCAGAUGGAGGCCUACAACGAGCCCAUCCCCAACAACAUCCCUGGCGAGAAGCGGAUGCCUUUGGUGGCGGGCAAAAUGAAGAGGUUCAUGGCCUGCUUCGCUGACAAGGUGCAGAUCUUGGACUUGAAGUCCGGGCAAGCCAUCAUUAAGGAUCACAACUCCUUCGUCAAGCGGUACACCUGCGUCUUUAGAGAGUCAGGUUCAAAGCUGUCGGGGGCCUGCACCAAGCGGUUCUACUUCGACGCCAAAGGUCCUACAUACUGCCUGGAUUAUGAGACGCAUCAAAGCUUGGUCACCGCUAUGCCUGGCACCCCCCCAGAUGGCAAGCUGGGAGUGCGAGAGCCGCGGACCGAGCACCUCAUUGUCUUGUACGAGGAGAAAGGUGGCAAGAUCACCAAGAUGUGGUUGAAGCAAGACGCAGACAAGCUGGGCGCUGACACCUACGCUGGAGAGGACAUUCUGGCGGCAAGUGAGGCAUUCAAGCAGUUCGAGGCCAAGAUCAAGGAGCUCAAAGGUGGCAAGACUGGGGAGUAUAUCUUCCACAACUACCAUGAUAUUCCCAGCGUCGGAUAACAGGACAUCCCGGAUAUGGCA